UUUCUUUAGCCUGAAUUGGUUUGAAGUCGCUGUGACCAUCGAGCUCGAGGUUCGUGGUUCGUGUGGAAUGAGUGCUGUAAGCUUGCUGGUCGUUGGUUUGGGAAACUUGCCGUUUCCACUCACUAGACACAGUGUAGGACACCUUAUCGUUGAUGCACUGGCUUUGCGAUUGGGCGUGUCAAUGACUACUGAUAGAACCAUAGGUGGAUAUAGUGCCCAUACGGCCAUUCCUCUUGGCGAGACGCUGGCUUCCAUGACACUCUACAAGCCAAAACCUCUCAUGAAUGUUACCGGAUCUGCUGUUGUUUCUGCGCUUCGUAAAACGGUGAAGUCACCGAGUGCCAUGGUCGUCAUCCACGACUCACUCUCGCAUAGACCAAAAACCAUCUCACCAAAGUACGGAGGUUCUGCCAAUGGACACAAUGGCGUUCGAAGUUUAAUAUCGGCCCUUGGCGGCGAAAUGGAUUUUCACCGUUUGCGUAUCGGCAUAGGUAGAGAUGGAGGCGAUGUGGCUGAAUAUGUUUUGGGAGAACUAUCCUUUGAAGAAAAACAAUUCUGGCGUGACAGUGGGAGAGGUGUGGAUCUCGUGCUGAAAGAGAUAGAGAAGAUAGCAUCCCGGACAUUGAGUUGAGAAGCACCGUCAGAUAGUUCUAGCUGAUGCUUCUAACGACAAUGAAGCUCUGUCGUUCUAUCGAUCUUUCCACGUCACUCGAGUCAUCUACAGAAGGAAUGUUCUUUGGCGGCCGCAAUUAGCGAGGCACUCAAGGUCGGUAAGACAGUCCAUAUAGACCAAAAGGCUACAACAACGCUGUAAGUCGAGGGCUUCUGGGGUUCUAUACUUCCAUGAUAGAAUUCCGUUAUAAGGGUGCCGAUGCCGAGGUCAUGCGGCAAGUCGAGUGAGAUAACCGUAGAUAGAGGGCAAACCUCGACCAGUUGCAGGCUUGUGUGCAGUAGGUAGUGAUACGCGGCAAGGUACUAUUAAUCUAUCCUAUCUUCACCGUCCUCG